AUUUUUAGGGUAUGUACUACUAAACAAGUCUUAUUUAUCUAAAAACUAACCCGUCAUGAGCAGUAUUUCGAAGGGCCAUGUCACGAAUCGAUUUGAAAGGUUUUGGUGGAAGAUGUCUACCAAACGAUUUUGAUGAUUUCAAUUUUGAUGUUUUGCCGGAAGUGGAUGAUUUUGAUAGUGAACAGCCAAAUGACAACAUCGAUGCAAUCAAUGAUGAAACUUUUGGAGUGGAUGUCGAUGAUGACACCUUGGAUGACGACCUGGAACAGUAUUCGAAACAGACAGCGGGUUUGCAACUGGAUGAUGAAAUGCCGAAAUGGUUUGAUGAACCCACUUGUUCGGUAUCCGCCCCACAUCCAUCUGAAUUACCAACACCUCCAUUUGGAUUUAAUUCAUUUCCCACAACGAAUAUAUCUUCAUAUCACUCCAAAAAUUUCGAAGAUUUCAAUAUGCAACUCGGGACGACCGAUGCAUUAUGGAAAAACACUGAUUCUACAACAUCAUUGUUCGGUUGGAGUGGUCCAGAACUUUCCAUUCUGCAACAUUGUUCUGCAAAUGACUUCAUAAAUAAAACAAUUCCAGAUCGAACUAGGUUUCUAGCGGUGAAGAAUAAUAUAUCAUCGGAAGAAUAUUCUGAUAAAAAAGAUGGUAUCCGAUCACUGGCAGAGUUACCGAAGGAUGCGCUUACUCUUGAAGAAGUGGAAAGAAACCACGUCACCAGUACUUCUAAACCAUCAGAUCUAACAGUCCCACCUUUACCACCAGCAGGUGCCUUAACACUGGGCGAGUUAGAAAAACGUUUCCUAAUGCAAUCAGCAGGCCAUGUAACAGCUUCUGUUCCCGAUGUCGGUCGAUCUACUGGUGUUUUGCCACCAGAUUCACGAAUUCCAUCAAUGAUCCCUCCUCCACCACUACCGCCUCCACUUCAGUGUUUACCUUUUCCGAUGUUAUCUCCUUUUGCCAUGCAAAUUGCAAGAGCUCAUCUGCUCGGUCAACUACCAGAAUUGCCUCCUGGUUUUCCUCCGAUAACACCACAGAUGCGAGCAGCGAUCCUUUCACUAGGACCACCACCUAUGAUGCGAAUGCCUUCACAUCCCAUGCUUCCGCCAUUUCCUUUUGUGCAGCAACCUUCUCAUCCAGUAUCAGGUCGACCAGCACUACCCUCAUAUUUGCCUUGUCCUCCGCAAUCUCAGAUGCAAUCACAUAUGCCUCAGGUGUUCCACCACAAAAUGAGUUACAGUCGAGACCGUUCGAGCAAGCUUACCGGUUUGGUAUCCAAUAAAACAAUUUCUGACUUUGCAUUGUCUCCUUUCGCUGGCUUCGUUUCGAAAAAAGAGCGCAGUUGGCUCAUCAAAAUUCAGCAGCUGCAGUGUCAAGGAUGCGGUAAUCCAUACGAGGAUGAUUUUUAUUACACGACAUGGAAACAACGGAAAAUGGCGUUGGAGGGGCACGGGAGAGAAUUGAAAGCGGAGGAUGAAGAGCUUGGUUACGUGUGGGACACUACAAACCCGCAUCAUUAUCAUUAUUAUGUUCCGCCAACAUUUGCUGGUAGUUUGGGAAAGCCAACACUUUCCACUAUUAAUUAUCCGAGACAGCUUAUUGAUCUGUCAAGCGAUUCACCGAAUGAUGAUGACAAGCUUUCAGUAAAGAGUAGCACAUCACAGAAAAAGCUGCGAGCACUUCUCUUGCAGCUGGAAAAUGUCGCGUUAUUAAUUAUCGAGUGUGACGACAGACAUCGAAUACUGUGUACUGCUUCACUUUCCUAUGAAAUUCAGGAGGAGAUGAAGCGUGGUGUUGAAAGUCGUAUGAAAACCAUAAUCGACACUCUGUGUUUGAACGGACGACUUCAAGCUGUUUUGCUAAUUAAUAAAGGGCGUCAAAUGUUUGCACGAACAUUAUCACUUGCUAAUGAACAACAGCAGUUACAUCUUCUUACAAAUUUCUUUGUUGCUUUAUCAACUGUUGUCAAAAAGGUUUCAUCAGAUGAGAUGAAUGAAUCAGUGCUUGUGCCAAUAUUCGAGACAUUUUCUCACUUUUCAAAAAAUGCACUCACCAGUUUCAUUAAUAACUUGAAACUGAAUUUCGCCAAUGAUAUAACUAUGAACGUGUUUGCAACAAAUCUGUUGAUAUCAUUAUUGGUUUGCUGUUCACGCCAAGAUUGUCCUUUGGAUACGUAUUUCUGCUCUACUACUCUGUCUUCCCUAAUUAGACCAUGGUCACAGGAAGUUAAAUGUUCUUUGGAACAGUGCAUUGUUUUGACGUUAGCUGAUGUCAAAAUACUUGAUGCCUGGUCAGCUAGAAAUAUUACUGGUUAUCAUGGAUCAGCUGCUGAAAAACUUAUUCAAAAUUUGCAGCUUACCUGUAUGCUUCAGGGAUCGAAUAAUUGAACGAAUUUUUACCAAAAAAUUUUUUUUAAACAUUUUUUAAAAUGUUGCUCUCUGAAC